AAAUUUGUGAAAGCACCAGCUGCAGCAACAAUGGAAAAUGUCAAGAAAAUGGAGGGAACUUGUUGUCAUGCCAGUGCAAUGAGGGUUUUGUGGGAGACCAAUGUGACACUAAAGUCCUGAUCCACUGGGAGAUUCUAUUGAUAGCAGGAUGCAGUAGCCUAGCAGUUCUUUGCGUCGUCAUCCUGAUAGCAGUGUUUGCAGAGCGCAGUCGGAUGUCAGAGAAUCAGUCUUGCUUGUCCAGUACUGAAUUCAGCGCAUAUGACCAGGAAAGUGUUUCUGUGUCUACAAGCAGUUUUCAUCCAAGUAGUAACGACAAAACAUCUGUUGCAAGCCAAUUACCCAUCAUGCGCAGUAUCCAUUCCCCCAAAACUCGCCUAACUCCACAACAGAAGAAAUACAUCAAAACUUUUCCAACAAGAAUAAUAGAUAGGUUUAACUGGAAGGACAAGAAAUCUUCAGUGAAGAAAAAUAAAAUAUUUUCUUUCAUGAGAAAGGAAAAGAAAAUUAAUCCAAAGACUUUCAUUGGUAAUGGAGUGCCAGAUGCCCAUAGGGAAAUUAAUGGUACAUAUUACUAUGGCGCCGAAGAAGAGACCAUACCAGCAGCAUAUGACAGAAAUGACCUUAAGAAUGGCAGACAGAAGUCUGUGUUAAGCAAUGGCAAUAUGUUCCCCUUAAGAGAAUCACCCCUUUCAAAUGGCAGUCCAUUUGCUCAGCAACAACAUCAAAACAGAAGGCAAAGUCCAGGAGGUGCGACAGCAUCUCACUACAUUCCCGAGUCAAUACCUAAUCCAGUCAGUGGGAGAAAACGCAAUAGAGUUGGACAAAGUCCACCAACAAUGCAUCAAGAUUUGAUAGUCAUUCAAGAAGCACCUGUAUCAAGAACAAGGCCAAUAUCUCCAAGGAAAUAUAACAAAGGUCCUACAGCACAUGUUGCCGUAACCCGUUUUGAAGAUUCGUCUGUGUCGAGAGACGGCCAAACUUAUGUGAAAAGGCUUAUAAGUGACAGAAAGGGCCCAUCAAUGAAUGAAAGAGACCCCUCUGUGUCAAGAUUGAGUCCCUCCAAUCUCAAAAGACAUGACAGACUACAAGAUAGGGCACAGAACAGACAGACAGAAAGGAUUAGCAGCCCCACAGAGGAUGACGAGCCGAGAACAUUUACCCACAGAUACAAGGAAAACUGGAAAAAGAUGGGAAAACACAGUGGUUUUCAGGAAUUCGGUCAGGAUUCUGUAUCAGAAGUCCACAACACACCUAAACAGCCAAAAUCCCCUAGUAAUCUCAGCUCUACUCAAACCAACUUGGAAGCUUCAAUGAAUAACGGAACACCAUUUUCGUAUAUACCAUCCCUGGAAGACAGUGACUUUUUUCGCAGAAAAAGAAAGCAACAUUAUCAAAGUCACAAAAGGAAAAGAAGAAGUUCGGUGGAGAGAUCGCCAUUUCAAUCCCCCCCUGAAGAAUGGGUAAAAUACCACAGAGAAACAAUAAGCACGGGUGACAGUGAAAGUGGAAUUCAGUACUAAAUAUUGGCAAAUUGUAAACUUAAACAAUGUUGCAAAGUGGUAUUCUGUUCCAGUGAUGCUGUUCAUUGCUUUGUUUUCUAUUAUUAACAACUUUUU